UAGACGAGAGCAGGGGAGGGGACGGACCUACACUAAACAUGGAAGGGGGAAGAGAAAGUCAAGUAGUAUGUUAAAUGUCAAAACAACUGCUUUUUUUAAAAAAAAGGAAAUACUCUUCAAGGGGUUUACUGGCUGGUGAUCGCCGUUGAUCGGGACAGGAUCUGCCUUUGCUGUGAGGACGACAUCUCUCUCUCUCUCUCUCCACAGCUUCUACACUUGUCAUUGUUAUAGCAUCUGAAGCAUCCAGCUACAGCAGAACCACAAGUACCGCAACCAAGCGGCAGCCUGGUCUCGUCAAUAUUUAAUAGCUCCUUAAUGGCCACUAAUGUUUCAUUCUGAUUUAUGAUUGAAGCCAUUUCCACCUUAUAUCAGAUAUACGUCAGUGCCACUGCAGUGCUUUUUGUACAAGCUGUUGAUGCAAUAGGUCACAGUUGCCUCAUUAAUUAUUGACACAUCCUAACAUCUUAUUGUAGUUCCACGCAUAUAAAAAUAUCCAGCAGAGACCGACAGUCGACCCCUCACUGUUAACCCCACAAGCUCAGGAUGGUGGAGGAGCGCAUUUACGCCACAGGCAUGGCCGCCAGGCUCAGGAGCCAGUGGGAUCGUGACGAAGGUCUGGGACAGAACCACAAGGCGGUGAAGUUUCUGGGUCAGGAUUUUGAGUCUAUGAGAGCCCAGAGCCUCCGGAGUGGGAGGCUGUUUGAGGAUAACCUGUUCCCGUGCGCUGCGUCAUCUCUGGGAUUCGAUGAGCUCGGACCAAGAUCCUCCAAGACCCACGGAGUCCGCUGGAUGAGGCCCACGGAGUUCUGCAAGAGGCCCGAGUUCAUUGUAGACGGAGCGACUCGGACGGACAUCUGUCAGGGAGCUCUGGGGGACUGCUGGCUGCUGGCUGCCAUCGCCUCGCUGACCUUAAACGACACCAUCCUCCACAGAGUGGUUCCUCACGGUCAGGGCUUCCAGCAGGGAUAUGCCGGCAUCUUUCACUUCCAGUUCUGGCAGUUUGGCGAGUGGCUGGACGUGGUGAUCGACGACCGGCUGCCAGUGAAGGAUGGGAAGCUGCUGUUCGUCCACUCGGCAGAGGGCACCGAGUUCUGGAGCGCGCUGCUGGAAAAGGCCUACGCCAAAUUGAACGGCUGUUAUGAGGCUCUGUCAGGCGGCAGCACGUCAGAAGGCUUUGAGGACUUCACCGGCGGCGUGACGGAGAUGUACGAGCUGAGAAAAGCCCCCUCUGACCUCUACAGCAUCAUCAGGAGGGCCAUAGACCGAGGAUCGCUGCUGGGCUGCUCCAUUGACAUCACCAGCACGCGAGACAUGGAGGCCGUCACGUUCAAGAAACUGGUGAAGGGACACGCCUACUCUCUGACCGCUGUGGACGAGGUGGUGUACAGAGGAAACAUGACCAAGCUGGUCCGCAUCAGGAACCCGUGGGGGGAAGUGGAAUGGACCGGAGCCUGGAGCGACAACUCCAGAGAGUGGGACAGUGUGGACCGCUCCGUCAGAGGUCGGCUACAAAACCGCAGCGAGGACGGUGAAUUCUGGAUGUCGUUCAGCGACUUCCUGCGCGAGUUCAGUCGCCUGGAGAUCUGUAACCUGACAGCCGACGCCCUGCAGAACAACCAGCUGAAGAAAUGGAGCUCCUCGCUCUACCAGGGAGAAUGGAGGAGAGGCAGCACUGCCGGAGGCUGCAGGAACUACCCAGCAACCUUUUGGCUCAACCCUCAGUUCAAGCUCGUGCUGCAGCACCCGGACACUCCCGGACAAGCAGACUGCAGCUUCCUGGUUGCCCUCAUGCAAAAGGACCGCAGGAAGAAACGGCGAGAAGGCAAAGACAUGGAGACCAUCGGGUUCGCCGUCUACGAGGUUCCAAAUGAGUAUAUGGGCAGGUCGGGGGUCCACCUGAAGCGGGACUUUUUCCUCACCCACGCCUCCAGCGCUCGCUCCGAGCUCUUCAUCAACCUGAGGGAGGUCAGCUCGCGGUUGCGGCUCCCGGCAGGGGAGUACGUCAUCGUCCCCUCCACUUUCGAUCCGCACAAAGAGGCCGACUUCGUCCUCAGGGUUUUCUCUGAGAAGCCUGCAGACUCCGAGGAGCUUGAUGACGACGUUGCGGCGGAGCUGCCAACAGAGACGGAGCUACAUGAGAGCCAGAUCGACGCAGCCUUCAAGAAUCUCUUCAGACAACUGGCGGGGCCGGACAUGGAGAUCAGUGUCACAGAGCUGCAAACCAUAAUGAACAGGAUCAUCAGCAAGCAUAAAGACCUGAAGACAGACGGAUUCACAAAGGAAGCUUGCCGCAGCAUGAUAAACCUCAUGGACACGGACGGCAGUGGGAAGCUGGGCCUGACAGAGUUCCAUGUACUCUGGGAAAAGAUUAAACGAUACCUGACCAUAUUCAGACAGUUUGACUUGGACAAAUCGGGCACCAUGAGCUCCUACGAGAUGAGGAUGGCUCUUGAAUCUGCAGGUUUCAAGCUGACCAACCACCUGUUCCAGCUGAUCAUCCUGCGCUACACGGAGGACGACAUGGCAGUCGACUUCGACAACUUCGUCACCUGCCUGGUCAGACUGGAGACCAUGUUCAAAACCUUUAAGACCUUGGACACAGACGCAGACGGUCACAUAUCCCUCACCUUCUUCCAGUGGAUUACCCUGACCAUGUUUGCCUAGAGAUGAGUGGACUCCUUUGUAACUCUUGCACUGCAUCCUGCUGCAGCUCCAGGCCCCAGUAUCUGUUGUUUCAGAAGUGCCUUUUCUCCACCAGUUCUUCCUCUCCUCCACGCUGCUCGCCGCUGACGCCCUCUGAGGCUGAAGACUGUAAAUUCAUCUUUACUGUGCCUGUAUUAUUGGAAACAUGUGCCAAUCCUUGAUUUGUCACCUGUUUGGCCAGCGGUAGGAAGCUCUAUUCCUCUAGCCUGGCAGUCAAGUCUGCAGCACACUGAGCUGCUAUGGAGGCCAUUUUUAGCAAUACAAACAUUUAUUGAAAGCAAACCUACUCCAGGGGCAGAAAUAAUGUUAUUGAUUUAAUAUCAGUGAGUGGAGACAAAAAAGUUUUUAUGGUAAAAUAACUUUUACUAGAUGUAGCAAUAUGUAGUUAGCUUGGCUUAGAAAUGCGCAAGCUAGCCAUACAUCUUUCCAUAAGUUCCUGUCUUAACCUAGCUGUCAUUUAUGUUUAUGCUAGCUAAUCUAGCUUUUACCUAGCUUGCUUUUAGAGAACCAGCCUGAUUUAUAAGAAAGUAAAUAAAUAAAUCAUGUAGUCAAAUAAAAAAAUAAAAAAAUAAAUGAAUGAACACUACAUUUAUAAACAUAAAAUUCACAAAGAAAUUGAGACAAACAUUCUGCAUUAUUUAUUUCAAUAUAAUAAUUAUUCAUUUAUCAAUUAAUUCUAUUUUUUUUUUUUUUAAGUCAGGUUUGGUUCUCCAAGCAGCUAUGGUAGCUAGUUUAGCUAAACUAACAUAAACUAAGCUAACCUCAUGAAAUGCUUUGUUUCCAUCUUGUGCUACACAUGUGGCCAAUUAGCUAACUAGCACUGGAAAACUGUGCUCAACCAAUAACAAUAUUUUUGCCUCAAAACCAAAACUAAGAAACUGUAUGGGAGUUAAUGGGUGUAAUUGUGCUUUUAUCUGGAAUGAUUACUCUUUAGUGAUCACUCUUAAUCAUAAAUGUAUACACAAGGGAUUCUUCUACAAUCUCUACACUAAUCUGCUAAUUGAAUUUACUACUUAUAUUUUUUUUUAUUAAAUCAGUGAUAAAAACAUGUUGUCAGGCCAUUGAGACUUCAUGUACUUUGGGACAAACUACAAUCUGCACAAUGGUCCUCUCAAAGUUUUCUUUUCUUUUUUAAUGGGAGAUGUUUGAAGUUGGGUCUGCUGUCAGUUAUCACAAUCUCAGUGCCAGUUGUGGUGGAUGUGGAGAGCUGCAGAGUGUGCCAGCUUGCUCUUAAGCCUUUUCUAUUCAACACCCAACAUUUAGCGCAAAUGAAUGUGCAUAAUAUGUAUCUCUACUCGGCCUUUGUAGCAACGCUGCUGGCCUGGCGCUUUCUGUUUACAUCUUGUGCCAAACUUUGCUUUUCCCUGAGCAUCAAGGGUCCACUCAUGAAGCUCCACUGGGCCUUGCAGUGCGGAGACAAUGGUGGCGUGCUGUAUCAUAGAGAAUGUGUUGAGUCUAAUACUAAUCCUGUUUAUCUUUAAGACAUAUCUGCUUAUCAUUAUGCAUGGCACUUUUUACAGACUGUUUUGCAAAAUUUAAAAAAAAAAAAAAAUCUUUUAACUUUUAUAUCAUGACUGGAACUGAUGUAGUAGUGUUUAUAAAAGGGAUGUGUCAGCCUUGUUUAAACUUGCCUUUCAAAGGGAACAAGAACACGUCAGUACUUAAGGUGAAGGUAAACAAUUAUGCAAGAAGGAUGGGUAUGUUGUGUGCAUGCAGUGUGAAAUGUGCUGUCUGCCUGCUUGAUUUCUGUUCAACCUUGGGAGCAAAAUGUUUUAUUUGAGGAGUCGUAUUACAAAAUAAUUUGCCACUUUAAGUAUGGAGGAUGCACAUGUAAAGUGUCAUAAUGUUAUCAAGCAGAGUUGACCUGCAAGUGUUUUUAAAUAACAAAACUGUCUGUUCUGCCAAUUAUUUUACCAAUUUUUAACUUUUUGUAUUUUGAAACAAUAUUUUUCAUGUCAUCGAAAAGUGACUGUCAAACUCUUAAAUUUGUAAAAUGCCAGCAAUAUUGUCCUUUGGUUUUCGCAGCGUAAUGCUUAUGCAACAUUACCUAAUGUUUACAGUGGUAACCCUCUCUUUCCCUUUGGGCCCGUUCAUCAUGCAAUACAUUGGUUUACUGUGUAGUUUUCUCUGUUAAACUUCAAUACACACUUUGAAAAAAUAAACAUGAGGAGCUUUUCA